UAGCCCACCAUCGGCCUACAGCUAUCGCACUUAGUCUGUGAGUGUUCGCUGCGCGAAAAAAUAAAGAAAUAGAGUAACAAAGGCGUUCUAAAUAAAAAGUGCAGCGAUUCGCGAGCGGCGACAGGUGAAGCGGUCAGCGGUCCCCAAGGAAAACGCAGUUAGCGGCAGCGAGUGGAAAACACAGUGUGCCCUCGGUAGCAGUGACGGCGGUCCCAAAACGAAAACAGUGAAGCCAGGAGAUUUCCGCUCAAAAAAGCAACAAUUGAACGCACGCAACUCGGCGGAAGGAGCGAGCGAGAGAGGGAGAGGCACAAACACCAGCACGCACUCACACUCCCACACACGCAGACACCUACACGGCACAAAGGUUAUCAACAGCAAAAGCAACAAGAACAACAACAACAAAAAACUUACUUUAAAAAUAUAUAUUAACUACAAAAAAAUCUAAAAACAACUGAGAAACAAACUGCAACCGACAAGCAAUCGCCGAACAACGCCUAAAAAAAAAAACUAGUGACUAGAACAGAAAACCCACCUACCUGCAUUUUGGGUCGCCUCUUCUCAAGAAUUUAGCACAAAUCCUAGGAUCCUAAGCUUCAUAAAGGAUAUCCAACAUGCGUGAGUACAAAAUCGUGGUUCUCGGCAGCGGCGGCGUGGGAAAAUCCGCGCUGACGGUCCAGUUUGUCCAGUGCAUCUUCGUGGAGAAGUACGACCCGACCAUCGAGGACAGCUACCGGAAGCAGGUGGAGGUGGACGGGCAGCAGUGCAUGCUGGAGAUCCUGGACACGGCGGGCACGGAGCAGUUCACCGCGAUGCGGGAUCUGUACAUGAAGAACGGCCAGGGAUUCGUGCUGGUCUACUCGAUUACGGCGCAAUCGACGUUCAACGAUCUGCAGGAUCUGAGGGAGCAGAUAUUGCGCGUGAAGGAUACGGACGAUGUGCCCAUGGUGCUGGUGGGCAACAAGUGCGACCUCGAGGAGGAGCGCGUCGUUGGGAAGGAGCUGGGCAAGAACCUGGCCACCCAGUUCAACUGCGCCUUCAUGGAGACCUCAGCCAAAGCCAAAGUGAAUGUGAACGAUAUUUUCUACGACCUGGUCCGGCAGAUCAACAAGAAGUCGCCCGAGAAGAAACAGAAGAAGCCGAAAAAGUCCCUAUGUGUUCUGCUAUAAGACUUCCAAAAAAUCAGAAAAGAAAAUCCAUAAAAAAAGAGAGAAAAUAAUUCAGAGAAAGUAUAUAGAGGAGGGAUUUAGAGAAGUGUAAGCGUAAAGUAAAGAAUUUUCAAUUUUUUUUCCGUUCUCGUUUCGUUUUUGGAUCCGAUGGCAAUUGUCGAAAAAUUGAAAUAACCAAUCUACUAUAUAUACAAAGCAACAAAACAA